UGCUUGCAGAUGGUGCAAGGUUGUUUUCUUCGUCAUUUGAAGAUCUUUUUAAUCGCGAUAAUGGUUGGCUGGAUGAGAUAGGCAUAAAAGUAUGGUUUGAAAAUAUAGUGGAAAAACCAG